CAAGAUGACCUUUGGCGUUCCAAUAGCCCGAAGGUGGGUAUCUCUUGGCCACCAACUGCAGCUGUGGAACUGUAGAGAAGAGAUGUGCAUUGAGGUUAGGGAGGAAUGCAAAUUCCACACUCCAACGUACUUGGACGUACUGAGGUUAAAUAUAGAGACCGUACAAUGCAUGCCCCAACUGGGGAAAAUCCUUCCAGAAAUAGCAGUUUGUAGAUAUUUGAAGUUAGUUUCUGCUUACGUAGCACACACACACAUGUUUGUUGAAGAGCGCAACCGUAACGAUUUAUUAUCCAUUUGAUUUUGAAUUUCCAACAAAGCAAAAACUCGAUACAAAACGGUGAAAAUCUAUUGGCAGCGUUAAUGUGAGUGUGAGUGUAUUUAGGCAAAGAAAAAUGAAUAGUGCUGAUGAUGGAAGAUGCUUAUGUAAUGGAAGUGUAUUACAUAGCCACGUGUACAUCAUUGCCGUUGGGUGCAAUGGAUGAAAAACAAUGUGACAGAACCUUUUUUGGCAAAGUAGGUGGUUGUAUGCAAUGAGGGUCGUAUGUCCUACACGCACGCACACACACAUAUGAGAGAGUUCCCCUCGAUAAAACCGCUUUUGGGACAUUUUUGGAAGGAUAUGCAAGGGUUUUAGGGUGCAAGAGUAACCUCAUUGCGCCUGUGUACGAAUGGAUAAUGUCUACCAAUACUAGCCCAAAGCACCUCACAACGACAUCGAACGAGAGGGAAGUUGUGGUUGUGUUUGCGCUUGCGUUCAUCUUCAUCCUUUCGGUAUGGUUGUAUGUGUUUGCUGAUAUCAAUUAUCUCUCUCUCUGUCAGAGGACUCACUGAAUGUUUUGUCAGGAUGCCUAUUCUCAGCAGCAUCUUCGGAUCUCUCUUUCGCCUGUACCAAAAACCUUCCACAUCUCGCUCUGUGUUUCGUCGAUAGUGAGCUAAGUAAAUAACGGCGAAUCUGCACGACCGCGGGAGCAUUCCAGCUUUACGGCGUCUCGGAUUUUGGUUUGGUUUCGACCGGCGGAGAAGAACCUUUCGUCGGCAAACCUUGGUGGAGGGUUAACGUCAUUCUAGGCCUAGCCGUUGUCACGAUCGGACGGAAGCUACCGGGUGUGUGAACCUGUUCACUCACUCGCGCGAAGUCGCUGACUUUGUGUCCGGAGGUAUGGUGAUUGGUGGUGGUCGCCGUCGUCGUUGAGACCAGCCGGUCAAUGUACGCCAGCAGCAGUUCGUAGUCGUGCUCCGGCCGUGCCGCGGGCAAGUCGUCGCAUCGGGAUCUCAAAGUUUUUUUUUUCCUCCCUGAACCAAAUAAUCCACUACCGUAGUGUACAGGCCAAGAUAGGCUCAGGAAUAGUGAUAUACAGCGGCAGGAAGAAUACAGUGAAAUGUUGAGUGCGUGAUAGUGAACGCCCAGGAACAAUGAAGCAACCCAGCGAGCACCGUUUGGAAGCAUUUCCGUCCGUUACUGUUUUCGAUUGUUUUUGAUUGUCCCGUUUACUGCUCACAAAGUGCCUCCGUAACUAUGCAGUUGACAGUGUUAAUACCAUACCGUAUGCCUUUGGAACUUACGUUACGUUAAGUUUUUGUUGCGCGUUGAGAUUUUAAGCGUCGAUCAAAGAUCCUCGCCGAAGAACCGACAGGUGUAGCCAGAGGAGGUUGAGUUUUUGUUUAGCGACUAUUGAAGCGCACGAAAAGCAAACCCGUUUUGCGGCAUUUUCACCUACCACAAGUGUACUUAAGACUUCUUCGGCGUUCGUGACUCGUCGGAAAAUGUUUGGAAUGCAUUUGCAAACGCUGCUCUACGGUCAAGCAGACCGAAGGCGCAGAGUUUUGCGUUUCAAGAGGAACUUUCGGUAAACUUGCACGAUCGCGUUUAAUUUUCCUCGCCGGAAAAGUCGGGUAAUAUGUGUGUGUUGUUGUUAUCGGACGUCCAUGUCCCAGCUCGGCAGAUAUAAACCCCGCUUCGGCCACUUCGGGAAGAGGAAGCCACACAAAUGUUCGACGCUUGCCCACCAUCGAUUCCGACGCCCGAUACGCUGAUCGAAACUCGACACUCGAUGUGUCCGACCCCGGGCUGCAGAGUGCCUUCACUAUAUUCCGUACCAUUGCACCGUUUGUUGUUUCCGUUUGUUGAUUGCUCGCCGUUAGACGGCCAACCCAGAAUACGAGCCUUUUCGAACCAAAAAAAAAAACAAAACGUUCGCGAAACUUCUGCUCCCUGCAUUGUGGCCACUCACACAACGUGCCUUUCGUUAUUGAGCGGUUAGCUUACGUUGGUUUUUGCGUUUUUUUGGGGCAUGUUGUUUUUAGAUGCCGAGGUGCCUUUUUGUUGAUUGUGCGCUCGCUCCUAAACUCUCGGUCUCGAUCCUUAAAGGUGGGGUGGGAUUUUUCCUCGCCGGUGUUGUGCUGAGGUGAGUUAAUGCAGUAACACCACACACACCCCUGUUUCUGUUCGGCCAACGAAUCUCACUCAGCGCCGGUGGUUGUCCCACCACCAGCGAGAAAAGGACGCGGACAGGCAAGACGUUCCCGGUUUGUGCCUUUUGGUAUUUUUCGAACGCCUCUAAGUUCUUCGCACGACGGACGACGGACGGUUUGGCAAAGUCGCUCCAAAGUCUUUGCAUACCCGUGCUAACCGUGUGUAUAUGUGUGCGUUUGACCGUGUGUACGUGUGUGUGUGUGUGUGCGCGUGUGUGUGAAUUUGUGUACAAUAGUCAUAGACAUUUAAUCGUAAGAAACUCAUCCAAGGGAAUCACCAUGGAGCAACUGGUGCCGAGUGACGACGACGUGGACUGCUUCACUAGAGCGGCCACCAUAGCAGCAGCAGCUCAGUCACGAGGAUGUCCACACUUUCCCUUCGGAUCAGCCUCGAGGGAGGCCGGGUGACAAAGACGAUCCAGUUCGAUCCGAGCACGACCGUGUUCGAUGCGUGUCGCAUUAUUAAGGACAAGUUCGCGGAAGCGGUACAGGGACAGGCGCAAGAGUUCGGCCUGUUCCUAGCGGACGAUGACACCCGGCAGGGCGUAUGGUUGGAACCGGCCCGUAACUUGGGCUACUACAUGCUGCACAAUCACGAUGUGCUCGAGUACCGACAGAAGCACCGUACGUUGCGCGUCCGCAUGCUGGACGGUGCGGUCAAGACGAUACUGGUCGACGAUUCGCAACCGGUGUCGCAGCUGAUGGUGGUAAUCUGCACAAAGAUCGGCAUUACCAACCACGAAGAGUAUGGACUGGUGCGCGAAGAUCCGGAGGCGCAAAACGAAAACCAGCCCGACAAUCGGUCCAACACCGGUACGCUAACGUUGCGCCGUAAGGCGCAAGAGAAGGAGCGCGAUGCGAAGAUGGAGAGCUUGCGGAAGAAGCUGCGGACGGAUGACGAGAUAAACUGGGUGGAUGUGGGGAAGACGUUGCGCGAGCAGGGCAUUGACGAGCAGGAAACGGUACUGCUGAGGCGCAAGUUCUUCUACUCCGAUCAGAACAUCGACUCGCGUGAUCCGGUACAGCUUAACCUGCUGUACGUGCAGGCACGUGAUGCCAUCCUGGAUGGUACGCAUCCGGUCACGCAAGACAAAGCGUGUGAAUUCGCCGGCAUUCAGGUGCAGAUCCAGUUCGGUGACCACAACGAGACGAAGCACAGAGCUGGAUUUUUGGACUUGCGUGAAUUUCUGCCCGCCUCGUACGUGCGCACGAAGAACAUCGAGCGAAAGAUAUUCGCCGAGCACCGGAAGCUCAUCGGGCUGUCCGAGCUGGACGCGAAGUAUGUCUACACCAAGACCGCACGCGAACUUCCCACGUACGGUGUAACGUUCUUUCUCGUGAAGGAGAAAAUGACCGGCAAGAAUAAGCUCGUUCCACGGCUGCUGGGUGUAACGAAAGAUUCCGUGCUACGGCUGGACGAAACGACGAAAGAAAUCAUGAAAUCGUGGCCCCUUACGACCGUCCGCCGAUGGGGUGCAUCGCCAAACACGUUCACGCUUGAUUUUGGUGACUAUGCCGAUUCGUACUACUCGGUACAAACGACGGAAGCGGAACAAAUCGUGCAGCUGAUUGCCGGCUACAUCGACAUCAUUCUGAAGAAGAAACAAGCGAAGGACCAUUUCGGCAUCGAGGGCGAUGAAGGUUCGACCAUGGUGGAGGAAAGCGUCGCACCGUCGAAAGCCACCUUCCUGCAACACGAAGAGACGAAUAAAUCCGGAAAGGUGGAAACCCAUUCCAUCGCUAAACCGGCCAUUAUGCGUGGAACAGACGGCGAACGGCCGUACGGUACGGGUGAGAUGCAAUCGAUACAGUACGGUGCCAUCGUCGGUCAGGUCAACCUGGCGCACCAGCCACCGAUGUUGCAACAAACGCGCAUUAGUUCGGUACUGUCGGAACCUCAGCGCGCACUGUUGGGAUACAUUUCUGCCGGACAAGAGGCGCUCAACCGGGCAGAGAAGGAUCUGGAGACAAAGGCACAACUACCACCGCUUGGUACCGAUCCGGGCUCGUUGCAAUGGCGCGAGGAAACGCUCGACACCUCGAAGCAAACCGUUACGACGCAUCUGGCCACGAUGAAUGCUGCCACUGCGCAGGUUGUAACCGCGUCCCAACCGGAUGAGAUUGACCAUGAGGCGGUCGGUGCGGCUGUGUCGCAAAUCACCCAGAGUAUUCCGGAAGUGACGAAGGAGGUGCGGCUGAUUGCUGCCCUCAUGGAUGAUGAUUGCACCGGCGAUAAAUUGCUCGAAGCGACACGUAAACUUUGCAACGCGUUCAGCGAUCUGUUGCGAUCGGCCGAACCGGAAAGCAAGGAACCGCGUCAGAACCUACUAAAUGCGGCCACUCGUGUUGGUGAAGCCAGCGGGCAGGUGCUGAGCACGAUCGGUGAGGAGAGUGUCGAAAGUCGCGAAUUACACGAUAUGUUGCUCGGGUUAGCAAAGGCGGUCGCCAACACAACGGCAGCACUAGUGUUGAAGGCAAAAUCGAUUGCUGCCGUUACGGAGGAUGAAGCAACGCGCAAUAAAGUUAUUGGAGCGGCAAGCCAGUGUGCCCUGGCCACUAGUCAGUUGGUGGCGUGUGCUCGAGUCGUUGGUCCAACCAUCCAAAGUCCGGCCUGUCGAGAACAACUGGAGGCGGCUGCACGCGAAGUUGCUAAAGCCGUCGCUCACCUAGCGGAAGUGUGCAACGAAGCAACCGACAAUCAACAGCUGCGUGGUGAUCUGACAGCAGCGGCGAAGGAUGUGUCCAAGUCGCUGACCGAUCUGCUGGAACACAUCAAGCUAAGUGCCCGCGAGAAAGCACGCCGCGUCGAAAACGAAAACCCUGUCGAUAACGUUCUCGUCGCUACGGACAUUCUCGUAUCGUCGAGCGACCCGCAGGAGAUGAUACGGCAAGCGCAACAGCUCGGCAAGGCAACGGCACAGCUGAUACAGAGCAUUAAGGGCGAAGCUGAAAGCCAACACGAUUCGAACAUGCAGCGUAAGCUGUUGGAAGCGGCCAAGCAGCUGGCGGACGCAACUGCACGCAUGGUGGAAGCGGCUCGACUGUGUGCCGGCAACCCACACGAUUCCACCCAUCAGGAAACGUUGCGUGCGGCGGCCGAGGAAUUGCGUGUUAUCACGACAUCGACGGCAAAUACGCCCGCGAUAAAGCGACAGCUGAUUGGUCGACUGGAACAGUGUGCCAAACAGGCGGCAUCUUCUGCCACACAGUGUAUAACAGCCGCUCAGAACUCGCUCAUCCAUAGCAAUGACGUGCAGACGAAGGAGAUCCUGCUGCAGGACUGUCAGGCGGUGGCAGAUCAGAUACCACGCCUGGUGGCAGGUGUGAAGAACACACUUUCCCGACCAGACGAUCCCAACGCUCAGCUGGGUUUGAUCGAUGCGGCCGAGAUGUUCCUCGAACCGGGUGCUCAGAUGGCUAGCUCGGCUCGGGAACUGCAGCCGACGGUGAUGGAUCAGGCAGCAUCGCAGCAACUGGGCCGUUGUGCGGUGAAUUUGACACACGCGAUCCACGAUCUUCGAUUGGCGGCACACCGUGCUCGAGAAGCGUGCGGCGGUAAUGAACUGGAUGCAGCGCUAGAAGCGGUCCGCAAUCUUCGCAACGUAUUGAGUGACACGCGCCGUGCGGCGCAGGAAGGUAGCUUACGACCUUUGCCAGGUGAAACGGCCGACAGUUGCUUCAAGCAGCUUGCUGCAGCUAGCAACUCCGUUGACGUUUCGAUGCAUCAGCUAAUGAGCGCUGCUCAGCAGGGUAAUCGCACGUACGCGGGUGUGGCAGGUCGCGAUACCGCCCUCGCCCUUGGCGACUAUACCAAGAGCGUACGUGGAGUGCUCGUUACAACGAAGAAUCCUGCUGUGGUUGAUUGCGCGGAUGAGGUUAUUGUGGAUUCGCUUCGCGUGAUUGAGGAAGCGCAGCGUACGCUGCAAAACCUGGACAACCAGGAAGCAUUGCUGAUUGCCAUCAAGCGCACGAAGCACUCUCUUGGUCGUACGAUAGAUUGUUUGCCAGGCGUGAAAGAUAUAAACGAAGCGUUCGAGACGGUCACUGAUUUGCGUAGCAUCCUUGACACCGGUGAGUAUCCACCGUCGGAUCGACCAUAUGGACAGCUGCAGAACGAGCUAAAAUCGGCCGCAGAUCUGCUGAACGUAGCCGGUGGGCAAGUUGCGCAAUCGUACGAUAGCUCAAUCAAACUGGCCGGCACUAGUCAAGAGUUUUGCCACGCGUACAAAGAACUGCUCACGGUGACUCUCGAAAUGGCUGGCCAGACAGCAGAAGAUCGUGCACGCGAGGAGAUCGUUAACUCGCUUCGUGGUGUAUCGAACCAGUCGAUCAGUCUACUGGGUACGGCUCGCUAUGUGGCGGGUGAUCCAGAUCGUCCGAAUGCGAAAAAUGAGCUCUCAUCCGCAGCGCGUCUAGUGACGGAGAGUAUUAACCGGCUGGUGGACGUCUGUACGCAGGCUGCUCCAGGUCAGAAGGAGUGUGAUGGUGCGAUUCGAAGCAUUGAAUCACUGCGGCCGUUGCUUGAGUCUCCACAGGAAUCGUUGACCGAUCAGGGAUACUUCGAUUGUCUCGAUACUGUGCUGGAAAAAUCACGCACACUCGGCGAAGGCAUGACGGGUAUAGCGAAUAAUGCCAAAAACUCCAAACAUGUCGAGUUUGGCCAUUCGGUAAAUUCAGUAUCGGAAUCGAUUCGUGGACUGAUUGAGUCUGCCGCCCAGGCAGCCUACCUCGUGGGAGUAUCCAAUCCGACCAGCGUUGGAGGACGCCCGGGUAUCGUUGAUCAGGCACAGUACGCCCGAGCUGCACAAGCUAUCCGCCAGAGCUGCGACAUUCUACGCGGACAGGCAUCUUCCCAGCCGCAGGUUCUAUCGGCGGCAACUGUCAUUGCCAAACACACGUCGGCACUAUGUAAUGCGUGCCGUAACGCGAGCUCAACGACUACAAACCCUGUUGCUAAGCGGCACUUUGUCCAGGCAGCAAAAGAAGUUGCCAAUUCCACGGCGGCACUUGUGCGAGAAAUCAAAGCACUCGAUCAGGAUUACAGCCCGGCUUCGCGGCAACGCUGUGCGGCUGCCACGGAACCACUGCUGGAUGCAGUGUCGUCGCUCUGUCACUUUGCGUCGUCACCGGAAUUCAUCUCGAUCCCAGCUCGUAUAUCAACCGAGGGCCGUAAAGCGCAGGAACCGAUCCUGACGGCCGGUCGAGGCAUUCUCGACGGUGCGGUGGAUAUGGUUCGCACGGCGAAGGUGCUCGCGCUGACACCUACGGAUCCACCGGUAUGGCAACAACUGGCUACGCAUAGCCGUAACGUGUCGGACAGCAUCAAACAGCUAGCGUCGAGCAUUCGUGAGAAGGCUCCCGGACAGAUGCAGUGCGAUCAGGUGCUGGAGGUAUUGAAGGAUUGUUCGCGUGAGCUUAAUUCGGCCGCUUUGGCGGUCGGUGUGGAUGGAUUACCGCAACGCAAGGAUAGCAACCUGCAGGGUUUCACCAACCAGUCGCUGAAUGCAGCAUCCGAGCUGAUCGAUCGUCUGGAGCCGGUAAAAUCGUCUGCGAAGAAGAAUGCCGAAAGUCUUGGCCAUGCGGUAAAUCAGAUUGCGAAACACAUUGUACCGCUGACAAAUGGUGUGAUCGGAGCAUGUUCACAGCUCGUACAUUCUGGCCAGCAAACGGUAUUGAUCAAUCAGGUAAAAUCGGUUGUGGAAUGUUGCGCCCAGCUAGUGCAGACGGCUAAGCAAGCCGGUGGCAAUCCACGUGCUGCCCAUUUCCAUCCGGAAUUGGACGAGGCGGUCGAGUCCACGCGGGAAGCGAUCCAAGAGCUGAACGCAACGGUCGAACGUCUCUCUACCGAAAACGGUGUAGUGACCGGUUUGAUGGAACAAAUCUCCCGUUCAAUGUCACGCAUCUCCGACAAGCGUCAAUCGUUCCUGGGAGCGUCUCUCAACGAUACCUACGUCGACUAUCAAACGCGCAUGGUGCAGAGCGCAAAGGAAAUUGCCCGUUACGCGAAUGAGAUCAACGCUAAAGCCGCUAUCGAUCCGUCGAAGCUGGCUCAACUGUGCGUGGAAAUGACGCAUCAUUAUACGCAGCUGGCACAGGAUGCUAUCGGAGCGUCUGCGCUUACCACCUCACCGGAUGUUGCCAUUCGCAUUCGUAACACUGUGCAGGAUCUUGGGCGGUCGGUGAACGUACUGAUCCAAUCGACGACCGGCAUUCGGAAGGACGACAGUAGCGGUUUGGUGGAAAUCUCUCGAGGCGCUCGUGAUGUUUCGGAAAAGGUUGCUCAGGUAUUGGCGGCGCUCCAGGCUGGAUCACGGGGUACACAGGCAUGCAUCAACGCUUCUAGUACGGUGUCCGCCAUCAUCAGCGAUCUAGAUACGACGAUCAUGUUCGCUACGGCCGGUACACUCCAGUCCAGUGAUGAGGACGGCAAAUUCUCCGAUCAUCGCGAGCACAUCCUCAAAACGGCAAAGGCAUUGGUUGAGGACACUAAGAUACUGGUCGCUGGUGCGGCCGGAACGCAAGAUCAACUAGCAGCUGCUGCACAGAAUGCAGUUACAACUAUUUUGCAUUUGGCCGAUGCCGUGAAGCAUGGGGCCGCCUCACUCGGUUCCGGUCAGCCCGACUCGCAAGUGAUGGUCAUUAACGCGGUCAAAGACGUAGCCGCAGCACUCGGUGAGCUUAUAAACGCUACUAAACUCGCCUCCGGCAAGCCAAUUAACGAUCCAGCUAUGAAUGAUUUGAAAGAUAGCGCUAAGGUUAUGGUGAUGAAUGUCACCUCGCUGCUUAAGACGGUAAAGGCCGUCGAGGACGAACACACGCGCGGUACACGCGCCAUGGAAGCUACGGUGGAUGCCAUCUCGCAGGAGCUACGUUCGAUGCAGUUCGCACCGGAAAUGAUGCGAUCGAGCAUGCAGCAACUGUCCCGACCGGAGGAUCUAAUAAGCGUCACCAAGCACGUAACGGCGGCCACUGCGAAGGCAGUGGCGGCUGGUGCUUCGAAUCUGCAGUCGGACAUUGCUGCCGCUGCCAACCUUGGCCGGAAGACCAUCUCCGAUAUGCUGAGCGUAUGCAAAUCCGUCGCCUGGUCGUGUGCGGAAACGCCAGAUCUGCGGCAGCGUACGCUCGAUGCUGGUUCUGCGGUGGCCAUCGCCUACCGGGAUUUGUUGGAAGGUAUACUGAACCACUGUACGGCGGACGAGAGGAUGCAACUGUCGCGACGUGUUGCGAUGUGCGUGACGGAUUUGGUCGGUAUGGCACAGUUGCUGAAGGGAUCCGAUUGGGUCGAUCCGGACGAUCCGACGGUGAUUGCCGAGAACGAGCUGUUGGGUGCGGCCGCAUCGAUCGAAGCUGCUGCUAAGAAGUUGGCCAACUUGCGACCUCGUCGGCAAGAAGUGAAGGAAGCGGACGAGAAUCUUAACUUUGACGAAAUGAUCCUGGAAGCGGCAAAGAGUAUAAUGGCAGCUUCUUCGUCACUCGUACGUGCAGCAAACGCUGCCCAGCGUGAGCUAAUCGAUCAGGGUAAGGUGGCGAAACGUCCGCUCACCUCCUCGGACGAUGGUCAAUGGUCGGAGGGACUAAUAUCAGCCGCUCGGCUCGUAGCCGCUGCCACGCAUAGCCUCGUUGAGGCGGCACAAAACCUCGUGCAGGGUGUCGGCACUGAAGAGAUGCUCAUCUCUUCCGCGAAACAGGUGGCCAGCUCGACAGCGCAGCUGCUAAUUGCCUGCAAGGUAAAGUCGGAUCCCAACUCGGAAACUGGACGGCGUCUGCAAGCGGCCGGUAAUGCGGUCAUCAAGUCCACCGACAAACUGGUGGAGGCGGCUCAACAGGCGAUCGAGGGCGAAGAAGAGCAUACGCUGCGUCUGAACCGCAACAUGGUGGACGGUAUGGCGCAGGAAAUUAAUGCACGCUCGGAGAUAUUGAUGCGCGAACGACAGCUCGAGGAAGCGAAGAACAAACUGAUCGCUAUCCGGCACGCAAAGUAUCGGCAGAAGUUGGGCGGUGGUUUUACGACCGACGAGAGCGAUGAGGGUGGCGUACCACCGCCACCAUUCGCUGGAUACGGACAGUCGACUUCACCGAAACCUCCGCCACAAACACUACCCAAACCGGGCACUUAUUCGCCUUCUGCGCUCGGUGGUUCACCCGGCCAGGGCGCAAAUACUAUGCCCCGAUUGGGACAGCACCCGGGAUCACCUGCAAGUCCAAGCUUCCAGCGACCCGGGUCGGGCAAUCAGCUCCUCACUGCGAAUGCCGUCCCUAAGCCAUACCAAUCGGAUGCCUUGAAAUCGCCGUCUGCGUUGGUGUCGCCAUCGAUGCUGAAUCGCACGUACGAUAUGACGCGUGUGGAGAAUUCGAACCUGAGCGCCUCGAAAUUCAAUCGUACACAGUUCGAUGCCGCAGUACAGGAUCUGCAGAAUAAGGUGCAACCGCUCAGUACGUUCCGAUCGUCGCCAACACAUCCGCAUACGAAUGGUGGUGGUGUUGCUGGCAGCUCGCCAGCUCCACAAACGUACGAAGGAUUUACUAGCAGAUACGAAACCCGUGUCUUUCAGAAUGCCAAUAACACUAAUCCGCAAAGCGCAAACCCGCUAACCACUGUGGAGCAGAAGUUCGCUAAACUUAACCUAGAAAACCACGACAUGCAGCAGCAACAACAACAGCAGCAACGCCACCAGCAAUCACAGCCACUAAGCCAUGGUUACUAUAACAAUUCAGCAACAAGCCCUUCAGCACAAACAGCCACUAGUACUAGCAGCUUUGCCGCAAGUCCCGUCGCAAACGUUACUAACGCCCUGACUAGCUCACCGCAACAGCAACAGUUCCGUCAACAGCAGCAACAGCAGCAGCAGCAGCAACAACAACACUUCCUUCGCACCACCACCACCACCACUACCACCUCCAACAACAACAACAACAACACCAGUUCUGUGCCUUCCGUACCAACGAUUAAAAAUGGUAACGUUAGUCUCUUUGACAGUGGGGCACAAAUGGGGGCCACUACUACAGUGAGAGGCAACCUAAUAAUGGAGGAAGGUCGCCACCAGCAACAGGUCAUCCACACCAAAAAGGUCCAGAUGACAUCGUCCUCCUCCACCUCGACGACAAUGAAGUCCAGUAGCGCUGGCGCAACCACGACGGAAUGGAAGUAAGCUUUCUGUUUGCGUGUGUGUGUGUUCAUGUGCAGCGUGCGCCGUGUGUAGUUCGUCCUUUUUUCGAAGCAAAAGCCGAUAGUACUAAUGAACUAGUUUAAUGUAUUUUCUUUCAACCGUGUCCCCGAGUAGUGUACGACACACCGAUGGUGACAGGUUGAUUUGUUGACUUUUAACUGUUUGUAACAUUUAAGUAAGUAGGAUGUGUGUCCUGUGUGCGCGCUAUGUUUUGUCGUGUAGGGGACGACAGUUUUGUAAUAAUUCUUCCCGAAUAGUUUUCAAUAACGCCACCCAAGUGCCACGUAUUUGAUGUUUGUAAAGCGAAACAUGAACGAUGAACUAAAUCCUAAACCUAGUAGGCCGUAACAGAGUGAAAGAGUUUAAUAUAUUAAUUCGAAAUGUUAGUAUAUAGGGUAUACAUAUGUAGAUGUAACUAACAGCGCACGUAGAAGGUUUAUGGUAGGUACGCGGAAAAGGGAUUUAAAGCAGAACAAAGAAGGAAAGUAUUCAACGUGUACGCUCACUAUUGUGCCUCGUAGUAUGCUACGAUUUGCCUUCCAAAACGUUGUGUGAAUGGUGGCGAAAGGAAGAACAAAGAAACACAAAACAAAGCAUCCAAUGCCUUCGUAAUUUUUUUACCGCUAAUAUAUAGUAAAUAGUAACGCUUUUUAACGUACCCAUUUCAAAACUCAAAAAACAGUUACGACUGAUGACUGUAUAUGCCAACGAUUGCCAAAAGAACAGAAACGGAACUUUUCCAUUUUUCGCCUUAAAUUGAUGCCGCACACUUUGCACACAAAUAUGCAAUGAAUAUACAUAGUUGCUGCGAUCGGAAGUGCCAUUUUGUGUAACUAUUACUACUACUACUAUUACUAAUUCUACUACUUCUAUUACUUACUAUUACUAGCGCUAGUUCUACCGUGGAUCUUAAAUGCCACGCGAACUUAAUACGAUUCGAAGAUUUAGAACGAAUAGUGAGUGGAAUUUAGCUCCACUUAGAAACAAAAGCAACAAAAAAAAGGACACAUGGUUAUACUAAAAUAGGCAAAUGAAAAGCGUUAAGCACAUCAUGGAUUAAACCAUCGGUAGGAAUGGAUUGGAAGUUUUAAUUAUAUCGUGAGAGCGGUUUGUUUUUUAUCUUUGUUUUCUUUGUGUGCGGUACAACAAAAGUAUAAUUUAGCAAAAGAGAAGUAGAACAGAUUUGUAGUUACGUACGAUUGCUAUUAUUUGUAUGUGUUUUGAAUUAACCAAACAACACAGGAUGCAAACUUUACUUAACUAAUUUGCAACAACAACACCACAGGACAAAAAAUAACCUACGUGCUUCAAAUAGUCAGCUAGUAUUAGGGUGUACUUUUACCGUACAAAUAUCGAUUUCAAAUCGUUGGCUCGUUUUUUAAUGUCUCUAAACGUAGAGGAGUUUUUUUUUAAGUAAAAAUGAUCUAUCACUUUCUUUUAACGCGUUUUGUUCUCUCGUUUCUGCAAAAUCCGGUUUAACUACCUUAAGAGCAGAAUAGAAUGGCCGAGCAUAAGAAAAAAAACGGAAAAAUAAAGAAACCAUGAAAGAAAAUUAAAUUUAACACCCAACAA